AUGAGUCAACAGGGGAAUCCUAUUAACCCUCACUGCAUUUUCUGCAACCAGGGACACCCUGAGCCCGCCGGGGAUGCUAUCUACGAGCACAUCGAACAGCACCUCGAUGACCUGAACAGACGUUUCAGGGAGAAAAGAGCCGACAACGAGGAAAACUCUACGAUCAUUGACUGCGAAGAGUGGCCUGGUUGCCGACACAGGCCUCUGCUGACCUCAGUAGAGGGGGAUGUCCAUGCUUUUCAUUGGGCAUACGUGGAUAUCGCAAGUUUCAAGAGGCAGGAUCCCGAUGAAGAACAUAUCUCUUGCGAUUUAUGCGGCACCCGUCAUGCCACCUUGGCUAGAGAAGAUCUGGAAAGUCACAUCCGCGAAUUCCAUAACUUAUUGUUCAAUAAUCCCAUGGUGGCGCACCCUUCGCCAUCUGAAUUGUCUGAACUUCCACCGUCGGCGAUGACUGGCUCCGAAGCCAUGGAGCUUGACGCGGCAGAGGAGGAUCAGGAUGGCGACUUUGAAACUGAUGAUGUUGAAACGGAGGAGGUUAGAGCGCAGGGGUCCAGAGAGGAGGCCGCCGCCGAAGCCCAGUACGACUCUGAAGAGGAAGAACCCAAAGACCUACCUCAUGACCUCAGACCAGUCAUCAGGAGUCUUGAGCAAGCCCUUUCGAAUAACAUCAUGAAUAUCAACAACUUCCUUCAGGUUAUAUGCAAUAUAUGCCGUGAUCAUCGCUUUCCCGUCGAACACCUUCCCCAGCUUGAGAUCCAUAAUGCUCUCCGAGCUAGACUUGCUCCGCUUGUACAGGAAUUGAUGUACAUACCCGGGGUCUCCCCACCCCUUCGAGUGUCCCCCCACCAUAUUUCGUUGAGACUCCGUGGGUCCACCAUUGGCGAAGCCCUCCUUGCAAAGAAGGUCAGGCCGAUCCGGGUUCUCUGUGAUCUAGGGUACCCCAUUAACGUUAUUAUGGAGAGCAACGUGACCGUGUUGGGUGCGGCCAUCCUACUCCGGCAUACCAAACUCGCCCAAUACCUCCUGAACCCUGGAAUCAAGGAAAAGUACGGCGUCGACCCUUUCGCUAGCGUGACUACGGACACCAGAUAUGGUAACGGCUUCACCCCGAUUGCUCUAUGCGUGUGGAGACGCGAGCACAACAUCCUAAGGACCAUCCUCAGCUACGAGACUCCCCCUCACGUCAUGCGAACCGAGGAGGUAAACCGGAUCUUCCGCUCGCAGUCCUGGGCAAACAUCAGCAUAACACUGGGCGACCCAUACUUCAGAAACGCCAUCUUCGCCCCACGCAACCCUCCUAUCUCCCCGAUCCACUCCGCUGCUGUCAACGGUGACACCGAAGUUCUGCGACGCCUCGUCCAGUACGAGAGGUAUCGCGGGAACCGAAUUCCCAAUCUAUCCUCUUACAUCAACUCCGAGAGCAGCACCAUAGCCGCGGACUCAACCCCUCUCCUUGUCGCCAUGCACUACCGCAAUGAAUACGCCGUGUAUGAUCUCCUCGCAUGUCCCGACAUCGACCUCUCAAAGCAAACCUCCCGCAUGGUCACUCCCCUAUAUUACGCUGCCCGCGUAGUCAAUAUCAAACUAGUUCAGGCCCUGUUGGACCAAGGUGCUGAUCCAAAACGGGUUACAGGCCUGGGCACGCCUAUUCAUGCACUGGUGCAUAAUUAUAAGGAUGCCAAAACAAAUCGGGAGGAUUUGCGAAAUCCCCAGACGUUCGAGACCCGCAAACAGCAAAUUGGCGAGCUUCUGAAUCUUUUCUUGGAUAGAGGCGUCGACCCAAAUGUCAGGGCUACGGCUGGUACACCGGAACCCAGGACGGCUAUCGAGGAGGCUGAGAGCGUGGGGUUUUGGGAGUUUCUGGAAGUGAUUCUGGCUCGCGGAACUGCUGCUGCUGCUGCCGCCGGCGCCGCGUGA